UGCUGGUGGCUUGCUGGGUCUUUUCCUGGUCUCGCCAUGUCUGAGGUUGCGCCGCCCGUUCCGGCUGCUGUUGCUCCUCCCGAGAAACCUUCAGCGGGCAAGAAAGCGAAGAAGCCUGUGAAGGCUCCCGGUGCUGCCAAGAAAAAGCCUUCGGGUCCUUCUGUGUCAGAGCUGAUUGUGCAGACCGUUUCCUCCUCUAAGGAGCGCAGCGGCGUGUCCCUAGCAGCGCUUAAGAAGUCGCUGGCGGCUGCUGGCUACGAUGUGGAGAAGAACAACAGCCGCAUCAAGCUGGGCCUCAAGAGCCUGGUGAGCAGAGGUACCCUGCUGCAGACCAAGGGCACCGGCGCCUCAGGCUCUUUCAAGCUCAACAAGAAAGCGGCCUCUGGAGAGGUUAAGCCCAGCAUCGCAAAGGUGCCAGCGAAAACCAGAGUAACGAGUGCUGCUAAGAAGCCCAGGAAGGCCACGGGAGCUGCUGCUAAAAAAGGUGUCAAGACCCCGAAAAAAGCCAAGAAGCCUGUGGUGACAAAGAAGUCUUCUAAGAGUCCCAAGAAGCCCAAGGUCGUGAAGGCUAAGAAAGUAGUUAAGAGCCCUGCCAAAGCUAAGGCUGUGAAACCCAAAGCGGCCAAGGCAAAGGUGACGAAGCCAAAGACGGCCUCUAAACCCAAGAAGGCAGCCCCCAAGAAAAAGUAAAAGUUCCGGUUGGAAGUUUCUUCCAGUAACCCAACGGCUCUUUUAAGAGCCACCAACAUAUUUCAGGGAAAGAGCUUUAUUACGCAGGUCUGGGUCAUUGUAAAUUGAAGCUCAAGUCUCAUACAAGUGCAGGUUCUUCCCUAAGUUACUACUCCACGCUUUACGUCAGAACCACUUUUGAUGUUUAGUAGGUUCUCACUGGGGUCCCAAACUCAGAGUUCUUGACAAUUCUAGGUGGCUUCAAAGGCAGCCAAGUUGGGGAGCCGCUUUCGUAGACCUAUGUUUUACCUGGAGUCUACAACUGUACCUGGGCAGGUUUUCUGGGCUUGCCCUGAAAUCUCACACUGCAAACUAAGUUAUCAGUGGCAACCAGCUUGAGCUGAGAUUCAACGCGUGCCCCAGCCGAAACUGAGUGGCCGUGAGAAAUGCUUUUGGGUGAUCAGUGAAACCUAUGGCUUAACCACGCCCCCUGCAAAUCUGGCGGGCAAGUUUUCCUUGGGAAUGGCGGUGAUUCACUCCAGAUUAUUGUCCUCGAGAGCCCCACCAGGUAGGCUUAGCACGUCUCCUUCAGCGCGGUCAUGGCCCAGCUCUGACGGUGCAGGUCGCUCUUGCCUGCGCGGCGCCUUACCCUGGGUUGAUUUGUGGGCUGUUCUCUAGUUUCUGGCCAAGGUCAGGACAAAGGAACUUGGUUGCAAUGGAGUAUUAGCGCUAAAGCCCGAAAGCAUUUACCCGGUGUCUCUGUUUAUAGGACUAGAACUGCCUUGAUUGGAUAAUAUUUGAAAAUCCCACUCUGUACGUAACUAGAUCGUAUUUCAUCUCGUGCAAGGUUUUCAGCGCUGGCGGCCCUACAUCACGCUAAGUCCUUGGGGACACUUUCGCAGAACUGCCCCUUUAAGCUUUUGAAAUUUUAAUUCGGGGUUUCAGAUUCUGAUAACGUUUUUUUAAUCAUCCGAAUAUAUGAAGAACCAGCUUUACUUACUUUUACUUAACGCAGCUUAAUUCGUUGUAAAACUGUAUUUUUACACAUGCGCAUCAAAUUCUUUAAUAACUAAUUGUUCUAUUUUUUAAUGAUAUUUCCUUUUUUCCGUUGGU